CAAUCAACAGGCUUCUUUUAUGAUAAAUUAAGUGUUUGUUCGGUUAACUCUUUGGUUGUUUAACUUUUCUAAUGCAGGAUGAGGUUGUGUGAAUACAGCUUGUGUUCAGGUCAAGUUUAGAUCUUAAAUAAUAAUAUAAACUUUAAAAAUAAUGAUUUAAUUAAGUUGUCUUCACAGAAAUGAACAACAUGCUGAUAGAUAUACCUACUUUAUAUGUUUUCUUACGUUGUCUUGCACCUCUUUAGAAGCAAAACCCUUUGUGAAACUUAAGCAACCCCUAACAGGGGUCCCGAACCCCAGGUUGAGAGCCACUGUAUUAAGGCAGAUUAAAGUUGGUGGAUACAACAAAAAGAUAAUUAAACACAUCUUCUUUUUUAAUUCUUGCAUGCAUCUGACAUCACAGACGUAACUUGGAGUUUCAGAGUAGAAUUUAAUCAUAAGGACAACGGUGUGUAAGACUCGCACACAGGUAAAGGUGAACCAGGUGGGUGGGAUGUCACAUGUGUCUUUAUGUUGAGUGGUGUCUGUGUGGGGGAUCAGAGCUGCAGCGAUGGCCCAGGUGAAGGUAGCAGGAGACGCAGUGAGGAGCCACCAGGUCUGUGCAGAGGUUUACUCUGAUAUGGCGACUGUCAGCUCCAGCGCAGAUAUAGGCGAGCCGGCGAGGAAGGGGUCACUGUGUGAGACCUCCAUGACUGUCGGCCUUGGCAGGCGCAGCAGAGCCUACCCCUCCCCGGCCAGGAGACGCCACCGCACCACCUUCAGCCACAAGCAGCUGGAGCAGCUGGAGGUGGCCUUUGGGCAAAACCAGUAUCCUGACAUCUACUACAGAGAGGAGCUGGCCCGCAUCACCAAGCUCAAUGAGGCUCGCAUACAGGUUUGGUUUCAGAACAGAAGAGCCAAGCAGCGGAAGCAGGAGCGGGCCUCGCAGAAAGCUCUCCCGGUGGGUGUGAUGCCAGGCCACAGGGCGCUGCUGGGGGGCAUGCACGUCCAGCAGUCCAUGGCUCGACAGUACUACACCCAGCCACUGGCUCACAUACCCCGCCUCUCCCCCAUGCUUCCCUCCGGUGCGUACUCCCGCCACCCGGGCCCGGUCAGCCAGUGCCCCUGCCCCAGCGUUCCGCCCCCGCCAGCAACCCAGCGGCAGCACGAAGACUGGUACAGCCCGCUGAGGAGCAACCUCGCCUCACCCAUGUUCUCCCUGGCCUCCAUGCAGCCUCUGGACGCUGCGUCUCACUGGAGCUAAGAAGCAACAGAAUCCAGUUUAAAGUCCAAUAAUACAUCAUUUUAAAUCUCUAUUCAGAUGCAGAAAACUGAGUGUUCCUUUUCAUCCACCACACUGUGAUUAAACACACAUUUAAGUGCAAAUUCUGGCCCCGAUGUUGACUAAACGUCACGUAAGUGUCACACACAGCGUGGGAACACUGAGUGCUGAUUUCUGUUAUGAAUUUGCUCUCAAAUGUUCACAGAAGCACCUCUUUCUGGUCCUCAGUCUUUGUGUAACCUCUCCAUUGGUAUCAUUUGUGCACAGAUUUUAUUUUGACACUCUGAACAGCCCUUUU